AUGGAUAAGUUGUGGACGGUGCUAGACGUGCACCUCAAGCAUCACAGCACGCUGGGCUACGGCCUGGUGACCCUCCUGACGGCGGGCGGGGAGCGCCUGUUCUCCACCGUCGUGUUCCAGUGUCCCUGCAGCGCCACCUGGAACCUGCCCUACGGCCUGGUCUUCCUGCUGGUGCCGGCGCUGGCCCUCUUCCUGCUGGGCUACCUGCUCAACGCGCGCACCUGGCGCCUGCUGACCGGCUGCUGCGCGCGCAGCGCCCGCAAGGGGGGCUGCGGCGCGGGGCUGCGGGGCGCGCUGGUGUGCGCGCAGCUCAGCUGCGUCGCCGCGCUCGCGCCGCUCACCUGGGUGGCCGUGGCGCUGCUCGGAGGCGCCUUCUACGAGUGCGCCGCCAGCGGGAGCGUCCCCCUGGCGCGGCGCCUGUGUCGGGGCCGCGAGCCCACCUGCGAGGCCCAGCUGCCGCUGGCGCCCUGCCGCCAGGCCCGGGAGUCCGACGCGCAGGACCUGCUGAAGGAGCUCAAGGCCCAGUCGCAGGUGCUCGGCUGGAUCCUGAUAGCAGUUGUCAUCAUCUUCCUUCUGAUUUUUACCUCUGUCUCCCGAUGCCUAUCUCCAGUUAGUUUCCUGCAGUUGAAAUUCUGGAAAAUCUAUUUGGAACAGGAGCAGCAGAUCCUUAAAAGUCAGGCCACAGAGCAUGCAACGGAAUUGGCAAAAGAGAAUAUUAAAUGUUUCUUUGAGUGCGCACAUCCGAAGGAAUCCAACACCCCCAGUAUUAAAGACUGGCAGCAAAUUUCAUCCCUAUAUACUUUCAAUCCAAAGGAGCAGUACUACAGCAUGUUGCACAAAUAUGUUAACAGAAAAGAGAAGAGUCAUAGUAUCAGAUCUAACGAAGGAGAUGCAGUGAUUCCUGUUCUUGGCUUUGUAGAUACACCCGGUAUGAACAUUACUGCUGGGUUAUGACCUUAUUAAUGAAUACGGGGAAAGUUCUUUUGAGUUUUCGCUUCAUUAAAAAAAACAC